AUGAAUACGUUGGAUGAUGAAGAUGACCAAAGCUUUCACGCUACGCGUGACGGCUACUCCCAUUUGAGCGAUGUCGAACGGGAUGCGGUUGAACGGAUGGGUUCAAUCAUGGGCAUCCAUGCUGUUGGCGUCAUGCUAGAGGCUCUCAAUAGAGAUGCCCAACAUGCUACUAUCGCCAAGUUCAUUCAAAAUGAACUUGACGCUGAACGCGAUAAAGUAGCCUUGCUUCACCAACAAGGUUCUCAACAAGCAGAGUUGUUGAGAGAACAGGGUGUUCAACAGUUUGAACUGUUGAGACAGCAGCAGGCUGCUGCUGGUGGGUCGAUGCACUCGCGUCGACCCGAGACUUUGAAGAUUGACAUCUCUAAGUAUAAGGGAGUCCAAUAG